AUGUUUAACUUGCAAAAUGAUGAUGUUUCGAAGCUGCAAUUUGGAAGUCUAGAAGUUGCUUACACAUUUUAUUGUUGGUUUGCAAAGAAGAAGGACUUCAAGGUCCGUAAAGGUCAAGUUAUUAAAAAUAAGAAUGGAGAUGUUAUUCAACAAAAAUUUGUUUGUAACAUUGAAGGAUUUAGGCAAGACAAAGUAGAGCAACACAAGUGUGGUCCGAAUCAUGAAACUCGAUGUGGACGUGGAGCAAGAUUUAGGGUGCAUAUUGAUAUAAUUUCACAAAGGUGGUAUAUCACAGUUCUUACCUUUGAGCACAAUCAUGAAAUGUUAAAAGAGAACCACUGCAGGUUGUUGGCAACUAAUAUGAAGCUUAGUAAGUCAAAUAAGAUACAAAUUAAGAAUUUUGGCAGUGCUGAAAUUAAAGUAACUCAAAUGAUUGGUGCAUUUGCAAAUGCUAUAGGGGGUAUGAUAGGGUGGGAUUUUUGA